CUAUACUCAAUGUUACUUUCAACAUCUUUUCACCAGCGUCUGCCUCACCAGAAGAAAAGCUAGCUCAGAAGUGUUUCAUCAUAAAUUAUUGUACUUCAAAUGACCUUUACUGGGCGUGGACUGAAGAGCAGGAAAUCAGUUGAUCGUCAGUAAGAAGAGCAGAAGAGAGGAAACCAAAGACAGAGAAAUUUGACAGACACCAGGCACGAUCAGAUACAAAACAUGUCUAAAACAUCACCCAAAAAACAGAAGCAGACUAAAAUUUCGGACAUCUUUCCGAGUCCUAAAAAAGAGAUGGUCAGUGAAUCUGGGAAGUCAUCAGAAGACAGUGACAGUGUUCAGAAAAAAAUGAAAUAUUCAUUUAAGAAAGAAGUUGGAGAAGGACCUUCCAAACAUCUGCAGCAGGAAGCAGAAGUGAAAACACUCGAUUUCCAGUAUUGUUUAAAUAAAUCCAAGAGAUAUUCAGUGUCAUGUAAAGCAUCCUUAAAUGUGCUUGAGGCUCUUAAUACAAGCCAUAUGUUCAGGAAUGAAAAAGAAAAAAACCAGAACAAGCAGAAAGAAAUACUCAUCCAAAGGUCGAAAGACGGUGUUCCUGGGGCAGCUGUGAAGACUGAUUUUCCCUGCUGUCUUAUUGAAACUAAUGAGAUCUUAUAUAUAGACUUCAUCCAAAAGGAUGAAAAUAGUUGCACAAAUCAAACAACUGCAGCUCCUUUACUCAGGAAAACAACUAAGCCUGAAAUGUUAGUCACCUUCCAGGUUAAAAAAGAAGGAGGACAGAAAGUGCGAUGCUUACUGAAGAGCAAAGCCUUGAGGAGCAGAGUAAAAUGUGUCUGUGUGUAUGCAUUCAAAGGAGAGAAAAUCAAAAAUGCUCUUAAACGUGAUGGACGAUUCAUCGAUGACAUUUUCGGGAAACACUGUGCACUCUCUGAGUUUAAUGAUGAGUUAAAGCAUGAAUGGUCAAAACGUGUAGUAGAAAAUAUUGAUGGAAAAUCUUUCCAGUUAGUUGUUCUCAGUGAUAAGAAGCUGCCAGACAGUCAAGAUGAUUUGACUCCUGUCAUGACUGAACCUAAUGUAGCUUCAGAUGCUGAUGUGGCAGAAACUGUAGGCUCAAGUCAGAAUCCCAUCAGCAAUGAGCAAGAAAAAAAACAUGAUGGAAACACAGAGUCCACAAAUCCUCCAACUACACAGUGUGCCGUUAAACCUAUUGCAGAUUCUGAAGAGAUUCUGGGAAUUCUGCGUGAUCAGUUUCCAGUUUUACUGAAGCAAUUAAAGCAGCGAGAGAAUCUAAAGAGCAAAUCUGAUGUUCAAAAGUUCUUCAGAGCAGAAUAUGGUAAAAGUGUCGAGAAUUUCUUGAAAGUGAAGAAAGUGAAGCAGCUCAUGAAGCUCUCUGACUCAGUGUGUCAGAUUCGACAGGGGGACUCUGCUUUAGGAACUGGUUUCUUGCUCUUUGACAGAUACAUCCUCACUAAUGCUCAUGUUAUUACUGAUGUUACAAAAGUAAACGCUGGACAGUACACAGCUGUAUUUGGUUAUGAAGACCUGGAUUCAAAGGAUAACCUGUGCAUAUCAGUUACACAACUCACAUCUUUUUUUAAAGGAAAGGAUGAUAAAGGAAUGCAUCUUGACUAUGCUCUUCUUAAACUUGAUAACAUUGAUAAAAUUGCUGACUAUCCUAAAUUGCUUGAUUAUUACUGUCCAAACGCUCCUAUUAACAGAGGUCAGAUCUGUAUUGUGGGACAUCCAGGGGAAGGGGUUAAGAAAAUGGACCCCUGCUUCAUCAUUGAAAAAGAGAAUCAACAAUUAAUUCAUAUUGUGAACGAACAGAAACAGGUCUUUCCAGCAUGUGAAAACCAGAUCACUUAUGACUCUUGUUUCUUCAACGGAUCUUCUGGCUCUCCAGUUUUUGAUGUAGACUGCAAUCUGAUUGGCAUCCACACUGGUGGCUAUACAAACAAAACAGGAGAUAAAAUUGAGAACAUCAUGGAAUAUGGCUUUUCCAUGCAGCCCAUCCUGGAUAACAUCAGAGCACAGGCUAGAAUGAAAGGUUUGCCAGAUAUCGUCAGUGUCAUAGACGCCUACACUAAUAGUGACGUUGAGAUGAAAGAUGCUGAAGAGUCUGAUGAGCUUUGAAUGAAUCUAUUCACACAUCUGUGCUGCCGUUUCUUUUGGGGGGACUGUAAAACCUUCCAAGAGACCUAGACAUCAGACUCCGAUUUGUUGAUGUCAUUAUGGGUUGUCACAUUUCAUAUAAUUUGUAGAGACGAUUAAGUGGUCAGAAGUUAUGUUCUGUUUCUCUUAUUUUUGGUUAUUGUGAGUCAAGAGUGCAGAUCAGUGACAAUUACGGUAUUCAUUUGACAAAGACCAAAGAUAGUUAUAGAUCUUUUUUUAUUAUAUUUUCUUUACAUUUUCAUUCAUACUUGUGUUUUCAUUGGUAUUCAUAUACAUACUCAUUUGACAAAUAUUUUUACUUUUAAUUUUUUUGUGCAUGUUGUAUGCUGUUUCCACAUCAAUCAUCUUUGAAUCACACAAAUACACCGAAAUUAACUGAUUUGACAGAAUCGCUGUAAUGUGAGACAAGAAUUCACAAAUGUGUAUCUUCACCAAAAUAAAUACAUUUAGAAUGACAUCUUUAUGAGUUUACAGCAAAUAACUGCUCAUCAUGUAUUAAUGAUACAUUUAAAUAAAACUAUUUCUAUGCCAAAUACAGCUUUAAUGUUUGUCCCACUUACAUUUAUUAUUCCAUUAGCGUGUACCCUGUCUGAUGCAUGUAAUGGUGUUGGUGUGUGUGUUUUGAUUGUUCAUCAUGUUGAGAAGCUUCUGAGAUCUUCAGUUUGCUGGGCCUGAAAAGUCUUAUGAACGUCCUGUACAGAAGACACAAUCACAAUCAAUACAAAUCACCUUCAUUUGUAUUUCACACAAGAAAUUACAAUAAAGACCCUUAAAAGGCU